GAGCGAAUCUAAAGGAAAGGGAAGCGGUUGAGAGAUAUGAAAACGAGGCUAGAAUUCAAACUAUGGCGGGCAUCGAACAAAUUAUCGCGAUUCUAAACGAUUUGCCUCUUGAUCAACUGGAAGAUAGCUGGGUAAAGUCGGCAUGGGAAAAAGAUUUCGUUGAAUUAGACACUAUUCCGGAGGAUUUGAUAAUCGAUUUAGAAGAGAGCAACUUCUACAUCGAAGAUCUGCUUAAACUUCAGUCUUCGCUCGAUUGCUGGAUAAACAGAGAAACAAACGAGGUUAGUUUUUGGACUGUUCUGGUUGAAAGUGAUGUUUCCUACAAACAUUUCAUCGCUUAUCUGGCGUAUUUGAUAGAAUCUGCUUCUUCCAAAGCCAAAGUGGGUGCAACAAAAAGACAUGCGGGUCUGUUGGCUUCUUGCAAUUAUUUUCAACUCGUAUCCAUUGCUGGUAGUGGCGCUUUUAAAAUUUUUAACCCGAUGUUAUUGAACUCGUGCCUGGACGUUUUGCGGAGGUGGACGUCGAGCGCCGGCGCAAACAGAAAACGUAAACUCUCACAAAAGAAUUCUCAGAAGAGUAACCGCGCCAAAAAUCGUAAAUUGAGUAGAAAUCCUUCGGUCGAGAUGGAUGACGAUGACGGGGACGAAGGAAGCGAUGAAAGUGACGGAGAGGAACUUUCUCCGCAAGAUAACAUUAUCCUACAGAAAGCCUUGGUUAGUGCGCUAAAAGCUUUUAUUCAACUUGUUCAGAAUUUUUCUUUGCGUGGAUCCGAUUCUUCAAUUCACAAAAGCAUCCAAGUUAUGGCCGAGCUUAUCCGUCCCUACGCAGGUUUGGACAACCAUAUUAACCGUACGUUUACUGCUUCCACCGCUAAGUAUCCAGUCGAGUUGGCGUAUGUUGCCUUAAAACAGUUAUGUUCCGGCUUUCAAGGUAACUCAGCUGCCAUCAUCAACGUUGUUUACAAACAACUAAUGAGCAGCAUAUUAAUGCUUGGCCUCAAUAACAAAGUGGUUUUCUCCCAAACAAUUCCUGUUGCUUACGCUCAAUGCCGACUGAAUUCUAUUUCAUUUAUAUGUGACAUUCUUCAUCAGCACAAAGAUUCAGCAAUGAAGUCUGCGAGGACUUUAAUUCAACAUUUAUGUAUUAAAACUCCAGACAAAACAGAUUAUAGAAGCAAAGUGGCAGAAUCUAUUUUGACUAUAAUGGAUGCUUUUGACAAAACCAGUUAUGCCGAAAUGAUAAAAUGGGUUGGUGUGUUGAUAAGUACUUCGAAAACUAACAACCGAAUGAUGGCUCUUGAAAUUUUUUCGUUGUUGCUUUCGAAAACUGAGAUAGAGUCAGUAGAUGUUCCUGCCGAUCUACAAGAAUAUUUAAAACAUAAGCAUUAUAUCGGUUACGUUGUUGACCGCUGUUCCGACAAUUCUUCAUCAGUCCGUUCAAGAGCAAUUGUAAUCUUUUCCCAGUGUGUAGGGUCGAGGAAUCAAAAAGUUGUAAAUGCGUGCCAAAGUUUGUUUACGCCACAAAAUGAAGAAUAUGACAGCAAGCCUUCAAAUUUAGAAAGUCUUCCAAAUUUAGAAAUUGACAAUGUGACUCCAAUUUCAGACUCUGAAAAUAAUAAAACUCCUAAUCAAGGUAUUGUCUUCACUGGACAGACACCGUUUGUCAACUUGGAUUUUAGUCCUGUUGAUAAUAAUCUUUCUGAUAAUUAUGGUGUUCUUUCAAUGCUUAAAAGGAGAUCAUCAGAUGAAAAAGUUUUUGUGAGGAAAUCAGCUCUUCAGGCUUUUGAAAGUCUUGUACGGUUGCUGCAGAACGACUGCCAAAUGGGUGUAAAUAUUUUGGAGGAAAGAUGCCGAGACCCAUCUUUGUCUGUUCGGAAGCAAGCUAUGCAGUCGCUCAGCUCCCUUCUAUUUGAUUUACCAACAUGCUAUUUCAUUCAGAAAGCUUGGCUUAAUGGAGUUUUACCUUUAAUUUUGGAUUGUGAAACUACUUUACAAGAAAAAUGCAUGAAGUGCCUCGAAGAAGUCCUCCUUCAGAAUCUGUGUACAUAUAAUAGGUCUCUAUCAAGUCAGUACCAGUUGACAUGGAGUUUAUUACAAAUAAUGGCCGGAGAAGAGGAAGAAAGCCUUCGGCGAUAUUUCCAACGAGCUGUUAGCCAGUGGGCAAGGUUGAAACUGAUCAAAGUGUUUCACAUCAAUGUGCUUAAAACUCACGUAGGUACUGAACAUAACAAUGCAGCUUGGAUGAUGCUUUCAGAACUUUCAACUGCAAAAGUAAAAUUUGAUUGCUCUUUUGUAGUUCAGUUUUGGAAUGAAAAUUGUUCAUUAGAUAGUGGCAAUGAGAGUACAUCAACUUGUAAAUAUGUUUUGAAAGUUUUAUUGAAUGUGGCUGAAUCAGUGCCUUUUGAAGAGAAGCAAAAACUUGUAGCUGACCUCAGCAAGCGUUUGUUGCAAUUCGGUUCUCCUAUCGACUUAAUUUCUAUGACUAUGGCAACCAUCAAGAAACUAACUGAAGACAAUAAAUUUGAGAAAAACAAGUUGAAAACGUUAUGCCAGGACAUUCUGAAAGCUUCUGAUAAAUAUUUAUCCAAAUUAAUUUUGUCUGAAAAAGAAAAUACUGCUGUUGAUGAAGAAAAAGUUAUUUGUCAUUUGUUUACUCUUGGAGAAGUUUGUCAACUUCAUCCAGCAUAUCCCAUCAAACAUAUUUUGUUAGUAGUACAGAGCAUUAUUGCUUCUCCUUGCAUUUCGGAUUUUGUAUUGAAAUGUUCCCAAGGAUCAGUCGCCUCCCAAACAAAUGGUCUUGAUAAUUUAUCUAAAACAAAGUCAGGUAAAAAUCAUGAAACUUUGCUUCAUUUUGCCGGUUCCAAGUUAAGCAGUCGUGUGAGAGGGCAUGCAUUCAUUACACUCGGAAAAUUCUGCCUUCAGAACGAAGAUCUUGCAAAAAAGUGUGUUGCAGCACUUGUACGAGAACUGGAAACAUCAUCAGAAGAAGCCAUCCGCAACAACGUGGUCUUUAUUUUGUGUGACCUGUGUAUACGAUACACUACCCUUGUCGAUCAGUAUAUUCCCAAGGUAGCAACAUGUCUCAAUGACGUUUCUCCUUUGAUCAGGAAACAAACCAUGACGUUACUCACCAUGCUCAUCCAGGAAGAUUAUCUGAAAUGGAAAGGUCCACUGUUCUAUCGUUUCAUCACAACUUACUUAGAUGAACAAAUAGAACUGCAAAAGUUCUCCGAGUUUUGCUUUGUUCAUUGUCUGUUGGUUCGUAAUCCAAACAUCAUGUUCUAUCAUUUUAUUGAAUGCAUAUUUUACUUCAAUCGUUACCAGAAACAUCCGAUGUAUAACAGAUUUACCCAAGAUCAAAACAACAAAAACAGCCUUGAUCUACGUGGAAAAUCCAAAUUUGAUCUACGGUGGCGUCUUUACACUUUUAUGCUUCAACACAUGACUGAUGAGCAUAAAAUCAACUUAUCUGGAAAACUGAAUCAGGAAAUCCUAGCAGGAGUUGUUGAUGGAAUCAUUGAACUUGAUGAAGACGGAACUACAGUGUUGCAGGAUUCUUUAACCAUCCUUGGUAGUAAAGAAAUCAAAAUAUCUUUAAUUGUCAACAAACAAAAUGAAGGUAACAUGGACGAAGAGGAAAUGGCUGCUGCUGUUAUUGCAAAAAUGAACAAAAAUCUUAUUUCAAAAGUGAUGAAGAAAAAUUUGAUAGAAAAUAUAGUUCCGAUUGUUACGUCACUAAAACUUGUCUUAGAAACUAAACGGUCUCCAGUGUUAAAAGAGCUGAUGUUGUAUCUCCGAGAACUCAUUAAAGAUUUCAAAAGUGAAAUUCAACAGAUUCUUGGUACGGACAAGCAACUUGCUGAUGAAAUCGAAUUUGAUUUACGUAAGUUUGAAGAACAACAACAGCAGCAGCAGCAGCAACAAAAAGAAAAUGAAGAACAACAAGAAAUCGCUCAAAAAUCUCCUUCUCCUGAGCAAGAAUUUGAUGAUGUGAAUAACAAUCGUAACUCAAACCAAGUUCCUGUUUCUGCUGUAAAGCCGGGCAGAAAUUUAGAAACCCUUUCCUUAUCUAAGAAAGCAAUUUUGAAUUCUGCGAAAAAAUCAAUUGAAAGACUUCAGCAAAUUAAUGGAGAAAAGAGGCAGUCUCUUAGAAUAAGUUCUGACAGCUCUACAAACAAUUCUUCAAAAUCAAAACAGGAUGUCAUAAACAGUUCGGAUGAACAGAAUUAUAUGAACCGUGCUAUCAGUACUCCAUUUGUUGCCAGCAGGUCUAAAAAUGUCACAUUUCACUCCGACCAAAACAUUAGUCUGACGCCACCUUCCCCCAUUCGGCACAACUCCCCAAACAGUUUAAGGAAUACAUCUUUUCAGUCAACAAGCUUAAAUUCACUGCAAGACAAUGCUGAGAAUGUCAUCCACCUCAGUUCUCCUUUAAGGAUCCCUGAGGCAAACAAGGUUUGGAACAUUACACCCGGCCGACAUAGAACUAAAUCAGCAAGACUAGCAGCCUCGAAAUGUGAAGACGAAGAUGAAAAUGACAUUAAGAUGGAAGAGCCUGCUACUGCUGUUGCAGGCCAGACACGUCGAAGCUGAUAGACUGAGAUAUAGAACUCUGAAUAGCAAUUAUAGAGUAAUGGAACUGGUUGUAUUAAUCCCCAUUUAAAUUUUUGCUUGUGUGUGUAUGUGAUAUACUUGUAGUGUGGUGUGUGGUAAACUUAUAUAAUAUGUGUGUAUGAUUCACUGUUAGAGCUAUGUAUAUAUAAAAUUUGCUAUUGAAACAGACUGUAUAUA